ACAAGCUCUGUGCACUCCUGUGCAAUUGUCUUGGAUGAAUGACCAGAAUGUCACAGAAGAAGAAAGUGUGUCUGUCUCAUUCCUGCCUGAAAAUAUCUAAAACAACUUCUAUCAUGAAUGCCUGCUCUGUUAUGUUGUUGUUAACACGACUGACUCCCAAUAAUAUUCUUGAGAAAGAGAUGUCUAAAAACACUGCAUGCUAUAGGGUCAACUCACAAGAACUUGACCAAAAAAGGCCAAAAACACGAUUGUACUGCACUGCACACAUUUCAUUUGUUAUGUGCAAUCACAUCUGUCACUGUUUCCAAAACACCCACCACCACCUAUUCUGAAAUUGGAUGUCAGGAGAUUUGCAAAGGGUAAGUUUGGAAGCAACCACUUGCCUAUGAUGCAACAAUAAAGAAACCAUAACCUACUGCACAUGAUCAUAGUGUCAAUCAAAGCCAUAUAAAGGUACCUUUAUAUGGCUCUGGUGUCAAUCAUUCGGCGUUUCGUCAGAGCCUUUUACUCUAGCAGCUAAUGGUCUCGUGCAUGACUUUGGUAAGGUGCGUUUGAAGUUUGAACAAGUUAACUUUGUUGCGCUACCCUUUUUCUUCAAAGGUCCGAGCAAGGUGGAAACAUUGUUUACUUCAGAGAUACAAUGAAAAGAACCGAGACACAUCCCAGACCAACAGCAGGUUGCCUCUCAGUGCCGUUAUUUAACCAGAGGCAGAAACGCAGCAGAUUGCCCCUGACAUCAAAUCCCACAGAAAAUGAACUCUGUUCUGCAAUUGACUUUAAUGAUGACUUUGCUGAUUCCUCCUUCUUAUCAGGCAACAUGGCAUAUACACAGAGCCAUGCACAGAGUCAGAGCCAAAGGCCUCCAGUGCCUGUUGCACCGAGAAGUCAGUGGAACCAUCAGCCUCAGCAGCUCAGUAACCAACCUGCUCGGUACCCUGGAACACCUGUGAGGGGAUAUGCACCUGUUCCUCACCCUCACAAACCUGCCAACACCUGGUCUCAGCACAGUGCUCCAGGCACUGCGAUGCCCAUUAAACAAGGACAGAGCGGUUCUUCCUACGGCCGAGGAAUUGUGCACCACAGCCAAGUAAACAUGCAGUCCAAACCUAAACCUCCUAACCACCAGCCACACAGUGUACUUGGCAGGCAGGAGACUUUUGUGCCCACUAACCAAAGACAGACUGGCACUGCCUACGGCCAAGGAAAUGUGCACCACAGCCAAGUAAACAUGCAGUCCAAACCUAAACCUCUGAACCACCAGCAGCUCACAGUGCAGCAGUCUCUGAGCAGACAGACCCAUGGCUCUGGGGGUGUAAGGCAGGGUGGGGUCUCAUUUAGUGGCCCACGUUUCCCCCCUGCUGCACCUGAACCUCAGAAACAAGCCCCACAGUGGAAGUUCAAGUCAUCAUCCCAAUGUGGACCGACAAAAAAAGUCAUGAUAGGAUUUAAUGCCACACAGCCUACCUUGUCACAGCAAGGGGAAAUGAGGCCUAAGUCACAGCAGCAGAAGUGUCCAGUAUUGCAGAUGAAAUCUGUGAGUGAAAAGACUCUCCGUAUACUUACUGUUGUCAUCGAGGGCAUGAGACAUUGGAGUCAAUUCAAGAACAAAGCUCCAAUGUUAUUUGAGCUUUUUGCGACUCUGGACUCAGCAGUCACGGAUGGGAAGUACAGCGCCAAGCAUUUUCUCAUGCGGACAGGGAGAGAUGUUGUGUCCUGUGUUUUCUUUGAAAAUGACCACGAACUUCCAAAGAUUUUCAGGGGCUUGGUGCACCGUUGCAUGGGAAAUUAUGAUCGGCAGAGCGACACCUUCACCUGCGUGUCAGUCAGGCUGGCCUCCCGCUACGAGCAGAAGAAUUCCCAGGAGGCUAUUAGGGCAUCGGACGAAGAAAUGAGGCAGGUGGUCCAGUCUCUUAGUGAAAUAUGAGCCGCAGCAGACACAGUCUGACUGUAACACCAUACCCAGAUGUGUGUCUAUACAGAAACACACAACGUGCACUUAGAGGCUCUAAAUUCUGGCUAUCAGGGACCACAUGGUUUGUUCCUCACAUUACACAAUGUUCAGUGUAAAAUUAUAUUUUUAUUUAUUCCUGGAAAAAUAAGGUUAACUUGUUUUGUUGCUGCUGCAAUAAGUUCCUUUGUUAUACCAGACAUUUAUUUAUUAAACCCUUGACAUGACUGUAAAGAAGAACUAUGUUUAUAUACAUGUAGCUCCUUUAAGGAUUCACAUUAUUUUUGAAUCAAAGUGUUCCAUAAAUUUGGUUUC